AUGAGACGUUCAUCGAAUGGUGUUAUCAAUUUACUAGAUGAUUCAAUACUUAAACGAUUUUAUUCAGAAAUAUUGCCUAAAAUUCAUUAUAAAAUCAAGUGGUUUGAUCUCGAACCAUUAUGUAAGGAACGUAUUCUUCUUGCUGCUGACUAUCCGAAUUUACAUGGCCUUUCUCUGUUCAAUAUUGAACGUGAGACAAUUUUACGUUUGUUUGAUGAUCGCAUCUUCAAAAAUCAUAUUAAAACAUUGAUUAUUACAAUCGCUAAACAUGAAAUAAUAGGAUCAACAUCAGACAUAAUCAAUAUAGUGUGUACAUAUGUUUUAACUAUGUGCACAAAUUUACUAUGCUUAAAAUUUCAUCCAUAUUCCGAUAUUUAUGUUGACUUUCGUGAACGAUUAUCUUUCGAAUCAAUAGAACCUGCAAGAUUUUUUUCUUCAAAUUUAAUGGAAUUACAAAUCAAUGUUGACGAUUUUACUGAUUGUCUUUAUCUGCUUGAUGGUCGUUUCCCACGACUUUGUAUUUUCUAUGUUGAUGUUCGUUUGUUUACUCCUCCAUCACCAGCAAUUAUUAACAAGAUAGAUUAUUAG